AACUGUUUCUGGGUUUUGUUCUUUACUUUCUUCUCUCUAUUGGGAUCCCCAUCAUCUUUGCAUCUCUCAAUUUCUUGAAAUUUUUAUCGUUGAUGCUUGAUUGAGUUUCAUUUUGGACAACUUUGGAGGAUUCAUUUAUCCUAUGAGCUUGGUUUUGUUGGGACAUUGGCUGUAAUGGGAACUUUAUCUGUUGAAGCUUGUACUGGAGGAAGUCUUAGAACUUAUUUGUUAUCCGCUGUUUCUGAAUGCCUACUGAUUUGUAUGCUGUUUUUGCACUCCAUAUUCUCAUUUUUUAUCACAAAAUGUGCUCGGUUAUGGAAACUGCACAUCCCGUGCUUGCUAUGUUCGAGACUCGAUCAUGUUUUCGGCUCUGAGAAAAAGGGUUACCUUUGGACAUUGAUUUGUGGCAAACAUAAGUUGGAGGUUUCAUCUUUGGUUCUUUGUCACGCUCAUAACAAGCUUGUGAAUGUUCAUGAAAUGUGUGAAAACUGCCUCUUUUCAUUUGCAACGAUCAAUAAGUUGAAUUCUGAGACUUACAGAUUAUUGGUUGGUAAGCUGGGGGAGGAUCCUCAUUUUGGUAUUGACAGUGACCCUUUGCUUGGGGAUAAAAAACAUUGUUCGUGUUGUGAGGAGUCGUACGUCCCAAGAGGGUUUGUUCAAACGUUAAUACAGACCAGAUCGAGCGGAUUGAAGGCUGAGGAUCUCAAUGUUCCCUUGUCGAGUUCUAUUGUUCCUUGUAAGGUAGAUAUCCAAGGGUCGUGUUGUGAGGAGUCAUACGUCCCAAGAGGGUUUGUUCAAACGUUAAUACAGACCAGAUCGAGUGAAUUGAAGGCUGAGGAUCUCGAUGUUCCCUUGUCAAGUUCUAUUGUUCCUUGUAAGGUAGAUAUCCAAGAGUCGUGUUGUGAGGAUUCAUACGUUCCAAGAGGGUUUGUUCAAACGUUAAUCCAGACCAGAUCGAGCGAAUUGAAAACCGAGGAUCUCGAUGUUCCCUUGUCGAGUUCGAUUGUUCCUUGUAAGGUAGAUAUCCAAGGGCCUCCAAGCAAUCCUUUACCUCAUGUUCAAUACAAAGAGCUGAACAUUACUUCAGACACAGAAUCUGAUGGAAAUGGAGGCACUUUGGUGGUUGAAACAGCCAAUUCUAAGGAUGAUCUCUCCCUUCAAGAUGAUAAUAUGGAGGCUAACUUCAAUUCUCUGGCUAGUAAUUUAACCUCGACGACGUUAGUCGAGCCAGCUUUGGCACCUGAACCAUUGGUCUUAUUAGGCGACGAUGCACUGCCUCAUGUAGAACGUGGUGUCUCGAUCGGGCACGGUUUGGAUGAAUUGACUCCAAAGCACGUCGAAGCUAAUGACGGUUUCUCUUCACCAAAUGAUCUCCUUUCCCUUGACAAUAUGGUUCCUUCUUCAAACACAAUAGUAACUUCUGUUGAAGCUGUAGAAGAAAGCUAUGUUACUAGAAGUGAAGAACACGAAACGAAAAGCAGGGGAACGGAGAAAGCGGAAAUAUCGCCAACGAAAGCAACGUCUGAAGAAGAUACCGAAACUCAACCUGUUUCGAGUGACGCUGCUCAGAUGGCACCAAUAUCGCCAACGAAAGCAACGUCUGAAGAAGAUACCGAAACUCAACCUGUUUCGAGUGACGCUGCUCAGAUGGCACCAAUAUCGCCAACGAAAGCAACGUCUGAAGAAGAUACCGAAACUCAACCUGUUUCGAGUGACGCUGCUCAGAUGGCACCAAUAUCGCCAACGAAAGCAACGUCUGAAGAAGAUACCGAAACUCAACCUGUUUCGAGUGACGCUGCUCAGAUGGCACCAAUAUCGCCAACGAAAGCAACGUCUGAAGAAGAUACCGAAACUCAACCUGUUUCGAGUGACGCUGCUCAGAUGGCACCAAUAUCGCCAACAAAAGCAACGUCUGAAGAAGAUACCGAAACUCAACCUGUUUCGAGUGACGCUGCUCAGAUGGCACCAAAUACAUUGGAGCUUGGUGAUGCUUAUAAGAUAGCUGUAGGUGCUAGAGCAGGAAGACAAUUGUCUGGUAAGCUUUCAGAACAAUGGAUUGAGAAGGAUUCGUCAAAAGUUAGCGACGAUCUGAAGCUUCUCAUGACACAACUCUCGUUUAAUCGGACGAACGACCAAUCACGGGAAAUGAGUCCAAGGUUGUCCAUAAAUGGGGACGAUGUCUCAAACAUCGUUGGGAUGCAGAUACCACAAAAAAGGAUAUCACUUGAAAGAAACGAGUCGAGCUUAGACUCUCUAGAUGGAAGCAUUGUGAGUGAAAUCGAAGGCGAAAACGUGGUUGAUCGGUUGAAACGACAGGUCGAGUAUGAUAAGAAUCUUAUGAUUUCAUUAUACAAGGAAUUGGAGGAAGAAAGAAAUGCAUCUGCAAUUGCUGCAAAUCAAGCAAUGGCUAUGAUUACUAGACUACAAGAGGAGAAGGCUAAUCUUCACAUGGAGGCAUUGCAGUGUUUAAGGAUGAUGGAAGAACAAAGUGAGUAUGAUGAUGAUGCCUUACAGAAGGCGAAUGAUCUCAUUACAGAGAAGGACAAGGAGAUACAAGAUCUCGAAGCAGAACUCGAAUUUUUUCGGAUUAAUUUUCCUAAUGCAUAUACAAUAGAUAAUCUAAUCGAGAUGUCUGUGAAGGAAAGAGAUAUCGGAGUCGUUCAUUUAGAGUCGAAUCAGAUUGGAACGAUUGGUUAUGGAAAUCUGGUUGUAGGUAAACCCGAUAUCCACGAGAAAGUUGGAAGCGAAGGCGGUACGUUUAACAAUUUAUUGUCAGAGUUCGAGGACGAAAAGAUAAACAUCUUGCAAUGCCUUAAGAAGUUGGAGAAUAUGAUCCAUUUGUUUUCAAUCAAUGGGGUCAAGAUGGAUCUUAGCAAUGGUGAAUAUCUUGGGACAGAUGAUCUUAAACUCGAAAAUGGGGAAGAUCAUGCCAAAGACGAUGACGAUGACAAUGACAAUGACGAUUGUCUUCCCUCACUUGCAAAUCCUCCAUUUGAUAAAGAAAGUAAUGAACUCGAUCGUAGUGAUAGGAAUUCGUCGUCGAAUACCGAAAGGGAAGAUUUCGCAUUUCUAAGAAACGAGGUGUCGAAGCUUAACAAAAGGAUGGAAGUGCUCGAAGCCGACAAGAACAUUCUUGAGCAUACGAUCAAUUCACUCAUAAGGGGAGAGGAGGGGCUUCAGUUUGUUCGAGAGAUCGCUUCCCUUUUACGAGAACUCCGAAAAAUCGGGUUAAGAAGUUGAUGGAUGGCCUGGUGAUAUGGUACAAAGAAGCCAACCAUUAAGAAGGGGACGAGAGCGACGUCGACGUCGACCGAGCAAGGUUAGAAUUGAGAAAACUGUACAGUUCCAAUAGCUUGUUUUCUCGAAAGAUAUGAAGAAUAUAAAGGAUUGUUUAGGAUUAUUUUAACUCUUACCAAUACCAAUAAUUUUGAAAUAUAUAUAGGAAAGUUCAUUCCUUGGUUUGUGGUUUGUGGUUUGAAUUGAUGAGUUGAGUUGUUUAUUAGUUUGUUGUUGAUCUUCUUUCUUCUCUUUUGCAGUUCUUCUUUUUGUUUCCCAUUUUUUUGGAGUGGAUUGAGUGAUUUGUUACGGUGUGAAUAUUUGUAACAGUUGUUGUGAUCAUUGUAUUGGUUGAUGAUCCCUAUGAUUAAUGAAAAGCCUUUUUGCUUUCUCUC